UGUUCUUGUUCAAAACAAAAUUUGAUAUCUUGAAGAAGCUGGUAAUUAAUUUUAUUAUUCUGAUAUAGAGAGGGUUUCGAAUGGAGGAAAGCCUCCCUCCUGGCUUCAGAUUCCACCCAACUGAUGAAGAACUCAUUUCAUAUUAUCUCACUCAAAAGCUCUCUGAUUCUGCCUUCACUUCCAAAGCCAUUGCUGUUGUUGAUCUCAACAAGAACGAGCCUUGGGAUCUCCCUGCUAAAGCUUCGAUGGGAGAGAAAGAAUGGUACUUUUUCAGCCUGAGGGAUCGAAAGUACCCAACUGGGCUUAGGACAAAUCGAGCGACAGAAGCUGGUUAUUGGAAGACAACAGGAAAAGACAAGGAAAUCUUCCGCGGUCCUGUUUUGGUCGGAAUGAAGAAAACCCUCGUUUUUUACAAAGGAAGAGCUCCACGAGGUGAGAAAACCAACUGGGUUAUGCAUGAAUAUCGCAGAGAAAACAAGCAUCUUUUCAAACCCUCCUCCAAGGAAGAAUGGGCAGUUUGCAGGGUGUUUCAGAAGCAGAAUACACCAAAGAAGCCACAUCAAACAGCAUCCUCUCAGCCUUCUCUCUCUUCUCCCUGUGAUACAAACUCAAUUGUGAAUGAAUUUGGUGACAAUAAUAUUGAAUUAUCAAACUUUAAUAACAUACCCAUUAAUAAUAAUUCACAAUCUGCUAAUAAUUUCAGCAAUAAUAUUAUGAACAUGAACAUGAAUAAUUGGGGUGCACCAUCAUCAAAUGAAACACUUUGUCCUUCACUUUCAUGGCCAGCUUCAAGUCUUCUAACUUCAAAUCUUUCCAUGAAUUCUCUGCUUCUCAAGGCAUUGCAACUUAGAAGCUUUCAACAACAAAGGGAUGUUUUUGCUUCUUCUUCUUCUUCUUAUAACAAUAAUAUUCCUCAGGCCAAUGUUUUUAAUUCUCAAUUUGGAACUGACCAUUUGAGCUUCCAAGUUUCUUCUUCUUCUUCAAAAGUUUUUGAGUCUUCACCACAGCAACAGCAGCAGGAGCAACCAUUGAACUUGGACUCCCUUUGGUGAAAAGGCCAACAACUUUUUUCUCUCAAUGUGUAUGUGAGAUGUAACUAAUUUAACCCUUUUCUUUAAACUUUGUAAUUUGUCAGUUCAAUAAGGGAAAAGUCUUGGGGAUAUGUAAUUGUAACUCUGUUUACAAUUUGAAUUAAUGUGAAGUUUUAGGGAUUAGUUCAGUCAUAUUUUUAGUUGAAAUUAUAUGUUGUAUGUUUAUGAUCAUAAUGUUGAAGCAGAGCUCA